AUGGCCAAGAAGAAAGGUCCACCCAGUCCCUCCCGCAUGUUCCCAUCUCUACACCAAGAGGUUGCAAGUGCGGUGUCCGAACACAUACCGUCACUUCAAUUUCAUGAGGAAAACACCGACGAAGGUACUACGCAAACCUACUCAACAUUUGUCAUGGCCGACUUCAAAUGUCAUUACAACACUUGUCCAUCCCGUGGUUGGAAGUGGUCAAGCGGAAAAGUGACAAUACUGAUACGCGAGUACGCGAAUGUGCAACAAGCUGGGAACUAUGAAAUUGGACAAGACUUGUUACGUCGAGCGAGUUGCAUACAGACUUUUGGUAUGAACAUCUUUGUGAAGGGUGCAAACGAGGAAUCUGCCGAGAGUCUAGUGAUGCAAAGUUGUUGGGAAGAUUCCAGGGUUUACGCUUGUAGGGCUGUGGUACUUCAGCAGUUGUGA